AUGGAUGCCAGAGACAAGCAGCUCCUACGCUCGAUGCGCCUGGAGCUCUGCACAGAGGUGCUGGUGGAUGGAAUUGUGAUUCAGUAUCUCUACCAAGAAGGGAUUCUCACAGACAGUCAUGUUCAAGAAAUAAAAGCCCAGACCACCACCCAGAGAAAAACCAUGAUGCUCCUUGACAUUCUCCCCACCAGAGGACCCAAGGCUUUUGAUGUGUUCCUGGAUUCCUUGCAGGAGUUCCCAUGGGUUAAAGACAAGCUGGUGAUGAAGCGUAAGGAAAUGACAGUGCAAGAUCCUGCAGGUGAGGCCAGGGUUGGUCUGGCUCCUCCUGUCCUGGAGGCCUCCCCGACAGACCAGCAGCUGAACAGGCUGGCCAGGAGGCUGGGAGCCGAGUGGGAGCACAUGGCCCUGUGCCUGGGUCUGUCCCACACUGACAUCUAUCGAUGCAAGGUCCAGCACCCUCACAACCUGCAGUCGCAGAUCCUGGCUGCCUUGGUGCUGUGGAGGCAGCGGCAGGGGAAGGCAGCCACCAUCGGCAGCCUGCAAGCCAGCCUGCUGACAGAGGAGGGGGAUCCUUCCCUGAUCCACUACAUGCUGGAGUGA